UCGGAUCAUUAUUGUAUUACUGUGAUAGGAUUUUUGAGGUUAUUAAGUAAAUAAUAUUGAUAUUUCAUCAUUUUUGAAAAAAUUACAGCACAAUUUAAGUAACUUAAAGUAAUAUUUAGCUUUUCAUAUUUUCCAUUCAGAAAACAACUUUAAGGCACAAAUUUAAAAUGAAUAGUAUUGGUUCAUCGUGUAACGAACUAAAGCGAAAAUACGAUGAUUGUUUUAAUGUUUGGUUUGCUGAACACUUCCUGAAAGGAAAAACAGACGAUUCAAUGUGUGCACCUUUUUUCAAAGUGUAUCAACAAUGUGUUAAGAAAGCCAUGAAAGAACAUCAAAUUGAAUUUAGUGAAGUAGAAAAAGAUCUUUUAGGAUCUGAAAAUGAGUGUAAAGUUCCACCAAAAUCAAAUGCUAGUGCUAGUUGAUAAAUCGUUAAAAUUAUGUUCCGUCAAUCGUUACCGUUAGUAAUAAUUUUGUUUUUACCCGUUAGU